UUAUCUCAGGGAUGUUAUCUGUGACCUGCCCCUCAACAAUAUUAUCUCAUACGAGUUGUUCAUCUCUUUCGUACUUACGUCCUGUAAGAGAGACGGGUGUCUGCGAAAUUGUCGAGCCAAGGGGUCUGUGAAGUUGGGAUUGGGAGUCACAGUGGGCAGCUGCCUCUCGAUCGGGUAAUAGCGGCUAGCAAAAUGACAGCUAAAGUGAUUUCGGGACUCGCUGUGGCACGAGCGAUCGAAGAUGAGCUACGACAGCAAGUCGCCGAGCUGCGCGCCGUCAGCGCGACGCUCAAGCCGCGCCUCGCCAUCGUCCAGGUCGGCGGGCGAGAGGACUCCAACGUGUACAUCAGGAUGAAGCUCAAGGCCGCCGAGAACAUCGGCAUCACUGCUGAACAUCUUCGUCUGCCGCGCGACAUAACUGAAGGCGAGUUGCUGAACCAGAUAACGGCGCUGAACGAGGAGCCGUCCGUGCACGGCAUCAUCGUGCAGAUGCCCCUGGACUCCACACACACUAUCGACGCGCACGUCAUCACCGACGCCGUGUCCGCCGACAAGGACGUGGAUGGUUUGAACACCAUCAACGAAGGUCGCGCUGCAGUAGGCGACCUGAGUGGCUUCAUCCCAUGCACUCCGGCCGGCUGUAUCGAGCUCAUCAAGCGCGCUGGCGUGUCCAUCGCGGGCAAGAACGCGGUGGUGCUGGGCCGCAGCCGCAUCGUCGGCACCCCGGUCGCGGAGCUACUCAAGUGGGAACACGCCACCGUCACCGUCUGCCACUCUAAGACCAAGGACUUGAGUGAAAUCACAAAGACCGCUGAUAUUCUGGUGGUGGCGAUCGGGCGGCCUGAGCUGGUCCGCGGCUCGUGGAUCAAGCCCGGAGCCGUCGUUAUCGACUGCGGCAUCAACCCUAUUCCGGACCCAUCGAAGAGCAGCGGCCAGCGGCUGGUGGGCGACGUGGCGUACGCCGAGGCGCUGCAGGUGGCGUCGGCCGUGACGCCGGUGCCCGGCGGCGUGGGCCCCAUGACCGUGGCCAUGCUCAUGCGCAACACCGUGCAGGCCGCGCGCCGCAGCCUCGACCGCAUGCGCGCGCCCGCCUGGCCGCUCAAGCCGCUGCGGCUGGUGCCCAAAUCACCGCCUCCCAGCGACAUCGUGAUUGCGCGCUCACAGAAGCCGAAGGACAUCAACAAGCUGGCGGCGGAGAUCGGCCUCGCGCCGAACGAGGUCUCCCAGUACGGCCGCACCAAGGCCAAGAUCGCCUUGUCCGUGCUGGAGCGGCUGAAGGACCAGCGCCCCGGGAAAUAUAUCGUCGUUGCUGGGAUCACGCCAACGCCGCUGGGCGAGGGUAAGAGUACGACACUGCUGGGCCUCGUGCAGGCUUUGUGUGCGCGCCGCGGCCGUAACGCGUUCGCCGUGAUGCGGCAGCCCAGCCAGGGACCCACGUUCGGCGUGAAGGGUGGCGCUGCUGGCGGUGGAUACUCGCAGGUUAUUCCCAUGGAGGAGUUCAACCUCCACCUGACGGGCGACAUCCACGCGGUGACGGCCGCCAACAACCUGGUGGCCGCGCAGAUGGACGCGCGCAUCUUCCACGAGCUCACGCAGAAGGACGGGCCGCUCUACGACCGCCUGGUGCCCCGCAUCAAGGGCGUGCGCAAGUUCUCGCCCAUACAGCUGAGAAGACUGCAACGGCUGGGCAUUAACAAGACCGAUCCGGACUCGUUGACUGAUGAGGAGAAGACCAAGUUCGCGAGGCUCAAUAUUGAUACGUCCAAGAUUAUGUGGAAUAGAGUGGUGGACCUAAACGACAGAUACCUGCGUAAGAUUACAGUGGGCCAAUCCCCGACGGAAAAGGGCUUCUCACGCGAGACCGCCUUCGACAUCUCCGUGGCCUCCGAGAUCAUGGCCAUCCUAGCGCUGGGCACGGACCUCAAGGACAUCAAACAGAGGCUGGCCAAUAUGGUGGUGGCACUCGACAAGAGCGGCAACGCGGUUACUGCCGACGACUUGGGCACGACCGGCGCCGUAAUGACGCUGCUCCGCGACGCGUUCGAGCCGACGCUGAUGCAGUCCCUGGAAGGCACGCCCGUGCUCGUCCACACCGGGCCCUUCGCCAACAUCGCGCACGGCUGCUCGUCCAUCUUGGCCGACAGGAUCGCUCUACAGCUCGCCGGCCCGGCGGGUUACGUCGCUACUGAGGCUGGCUUCGGCUCUGACAUCGGUAUGGAGAAGUUCUUCGACAUCAAGUGCCGCGCGAGUGGCGCUACGCCACACUGCGCGGUGAUCGUGGCGACGGUGCGCGCCCUCAAGAUGCACGGGGGAGGUCCGCCCGUGUCGCCCGGCGCGCCGCUUCACGACGUCUACGUCAAGGAGAACCUGGAGCUGCUGGAGAAGGGUCUAUGCAACCUGCGCAAACACAUCGAGAACGGCAACAAGUUCGGCGUACCUGUGGUCAUUGCCGUCAACAGACACGGAAACGACACUGAAGCCGAGCUGAAGCUCGUCCAACAGUUCGCGGAAAAGAACGGCGCCUUCAGAGCGGUCGUGUGCGACCACUGGGCCCGCGGCGGGGAAGGCGCGCUCGACCUCGCCGACGCCGUCGUGGCCGCCUGCGACAAACCCUCUUUCUUCCGCUUCCUGUACCCGCUGGAGAGACAAUCCAUCCAGGACAAGAUCCUUACCAUCGCCAAGGACAUGUACGGUGCUGGAGAUGUGCAGUACACGGAUGACGCGCUUCAAAAAAUCAAGAUGUUCACUGAGAAGGGCUACGACAAAUUCCCAAUCUGCAUGGCCAAGACGUCCAACUCCCUGACGGGCGACCCGGCCAUCAAGGGCGCGCCCACCGGCUUCACGCUCCGCAUCAACGACGUGUUCGUCUCCGUCGGCGCCGGCUUCGUUGUGCCCAUGGUCGGCGAGAUCUCGAAGAUGCCCGGCUUGCCCACCCGACCUAGCAUAUACGAUAUUGAUCUAAAUACUGAAACUUUGGAGAUUGAAGGGCUGUUCUAAUCUGUCUUCUAUCGGUCGCGGCUUUAUCUCCUAUCGCUGCUGAUGUAUUCUGGCUGUCGGGGACGGAUUCACAAUGAUAAGCGAUAAAAUCCGAGGUUAUACUAUCCGCAUACCUGACUGACGACCGCUCUAGGACCGCGAAAGUGCGAAUGAGUAGUUUCACGACCCCGGUCGUCAGUUUGGUUUGCGGAUAGUAUAUUAGUAUAACUGUCCACACGCUAUGCUCGGUCCCUUUUUUGAUAAUUUUUACUUAAAAUUAAAAAGAGCGGUCAGUUCUGCUAAUGCUAGAGAAGCGAUAGGUACCUACGGAUUUGCGCGCUUAAAAUCUGAAUAUUGUUUGUACCAUGUAAUCGUUGCUAUUGAACGUUUUGUAAUGUAUCGAAUAAAUGUUAUAUUUGUUUGUG